GAUGGCGGCGGGACGGCGGCAGCGGCGACGGCGGCAGCGGCGGGGCCCGGGAAGCAGCACCUCGCGGGAACUCACACAGUCACAGGGGAAUGAGAAGGUGCAGUGUUCAAAUCAUGAUGCAACACAUAUGCUUGUUCUCUCCCCUGAUGGGAAGCUUUCUGAACAGUGGGCUACAGCUUCAUCUAGCUGCUGUAAGACAAGGCUGGUGAGAGAACUAGGAGACCAAGAUAUUGUUCAAAUAUCAUGUGGGGACCAGCACGCCAUGGCUCUCUCCAGAGGAGGAGAGCUCUUCACCUGGGGCGAGAAUGCUCAUGGACAGCUUGGUGUGGGGAGCCUCACUGCAUCCAUCCCUCAGCCACAGUUGGUGAAAAGACUAAAGGGUAUCCCACUUGCUCAUAUUGCUGCUGGAGGAGCUCACAGCGCCGUCGUGUCACUCUCUGGAGCUGUGUACUCCUGGGGGAAGAAUGGUUUUGGACAGCUGGGACUUGGAGACACAGAAGACAGAGACUGCCCAGCAUAUGUUAGAGCGUUAGAGCACUGGAAGACCGUAUUUAUUGCAUGUGGGGCAGAUCACACUGCAGUUCUCUCCAAGGAGGGGUUGGUGUGCACCUUUGGAGCAGGAGGGGCUGGUCAGCUUGGUCACAACUCUACCCAGAAUGAACUUGUGCCUCGUGUGGUGGCUGAGCUGUGGGGAGCAAGAGUUUCUCAGGUUGCCUGCGGCAGUCAGCAGACGCUGGUCUAUGUCCCCUCCUUGGACAAAGUCUAUUCAUUUGGCUCUGGUGAAGAAGGACAGCUGGGAGAUGAGAGAAAGCCUAAUCAGUUGAUACCACUUCCCAUCAAUUCACCAGCGAAUACUGAAAAAUCCUGUCAGGAAAAUAGCACAUCACAAAAGGUUACUGGAAGUAUUACAAGAGAAAUCCAAAGUAGUGUCCUUUGCAAAAUGAGCAAGAAUUCCUAUUUGAAGGAAAUUGCCACUCUGAAGGAUGAAGAUAUGGAUGCAUGGAUUUCUAAUUCCAGUUUGCAACAUUGGGAGCUUAUAAAACAGAAUAUCAGACUGAUCUUUUCAUCUGAGGCUUGCAUCAACGGGAGCUUCCUGGGGAAAAGUGACAAACACUUCAAAACUUCCAAAGAAUUCUCAGGUGUAGACAUGUCAGAAGUGCAACGAUUUUAUGAGAAGAUCAAGAAGAAGCCAGAAGUCUUCCAGGAGGUGCAAAAGGAGAUUAAGAAGUUACUGCUGUCAUUGUCUUCCUCUCCCAUCUCACCUGAAAAUUUUAGACUCUACUUGAUCUUGCCUUUCCUUCUGCAGGACAAUGAUGACAGCUCUUUCCGUUCUCUCAGUCUGCUAGCACAAGCCAUCACGAAGCUUCAGCCAAAAGCCCUGCAAACUCUUGAACAUCUGUUGUCAAAUCUAGAAACAUCCUUUUUCAGGAGGCUGGUCUUUCUGUAUCAGAGGGUUUCCCAGAAAAACCUGUCAGAAUCUGUCAUGGAUUUUUGCCGAAGAUGCGGAAAUAUUCUAAUAAGCCCCUAUGGCAGGAACCCACGUGAACCAGAAACUCUGCAAAUACUGCAAAUUCUUUACCAGGUGAACUCCAGAGCUGGUUUCAGAGUACUAGCAAAAAACUUCUACGUGCCUCAAGUGAGAGACGCUAUGUUAAUGCCUUUCUGUUUCUGUGCAGAAACGCCCCUAUGGAAUCUGACCAAAUAUCCAUGCAUCUUUAACAUGGAAGACAAGCUCUUAGUUUAUGGCAUUGAACGCAAGUCUAUAGCCCUCCGUUUGGGUCCUAUAGUCUACAGAAUGACAGCCCAGGAACAGUGGCUUUUUCCAGUCAGAAGACAGUGCCUUCUGCAAGACCUAUGGAACCAUUUAAAUAGUGCAUCAACCCAGCAAUUCAGGAGCACCUUAAAGGUGUCGUUCGUGGGCGAGAUGGGGCAGGACGGCGGCGGGCUGCGCCAGGAGCUCUUCAGCGUCGCCGCCAGGAGCCUCUGCCAGCCCAGCAGCGGGGUCUUCCGCCAGCUCGCCUCUGGCCUGCUCUGGUUCCCCAGCCAGCAGGCCACGAGCUGUGAGGACACCUUCUUCCGGAUCGGGACACUCUGCGGAAUGGCGCUGUACAACUCGUGCGUGGCGCCCUUCCCCUUCCCCGGGGCUCUCUACAAAAAGCUGCUGGGCCUUGCGCCUGCCCUGCAGGACCUCGAGGAGCUGUGGCCAGCUGUAGGCCGGAAUCUUCAGGCAAUUUUGGAUGAAGAAGAUGAUCGUAUCUUUGAGAGCCUGGAAAUGGACUUCACAAUAAUGGAAGAAGGAGAUUCCGUGGUUGCUGUUGAACUUAAAGAAAAUGGUGCCAGCAUUCCUGUCACUAAGGAUAACAGGAAAGAAUAUGUUGACUUGUAUGUGAAUUAUGUGUUCAAUGAAUCAAUACGGAAGCCAUUUGAGGACUUUAUGCAAGGGUUUUUAAGAGGCUGCCCAACUGAAAAGUGGAAGAUGUUUCUCCCUACAGAACUCCAGAUUGUUCUCCAGGGACAGACAAAAUUUGACUGGCAUCUGCUGGAAAAGAAUGUGAUAUAUGGUAAUUACCAACCAUCAGAUAAAACCAUCAGGAAUUUUUGGGCUGUGUUUCACAAACUCCCAGAAGACAACAAGAAAAAGUUUCUUGCUUUUUUGUCAGGAUCUGAUCGAAUCUCUGCCUAUGAACUGGAACGUUUUACAUUUUCUAUUGUAGAUCCUCAAGAAGCAAAUCCAGAUGAGAUGUAUCCUUGUGCCAAUACCUGCAGCCUCAUUUUGUUCCUCCCCAGAUACAGCAGAAAAAGAAUACUCAAGAAAAUGUUGCUCUGUUCCAUAGAGCAUGAUGAAAUGUUUGGUUUGCUCUAGCUCUUGGUUGGGAGCACUUUAAAGCAAAAGUAAGAAAACAAAUCUUGGUUUCACUUGUCAUAUUUUUCCCAAUAACUCGGAUUUACUGGUUUCUGCCCUGCUUGGUUUUUACUGCACUUUAUAAACAUUUGAGUGUGUAAAUUCACUAAGAUUUUACAUUGAUUAUAAAAAUGAACUUAGGGCAGGUGCCUGAUGGUUAGAUGAUAACGUUAUGAAAGAAGAAUCCUGUUAACAUGCUUCCAAGAAGCAAGCUGAUAACCAAGUGUAUUUACCUCUAUGCACUGCACUGUGCUGGUCUUGUUUAGUUGAUGAGCUUUCAGCAGCAGGGAUUCUGCAAUCUAUACAUUACCAAACACUCAGCCAGUACAGGCUAAGCAUUCAUUGUUGCAAGAGGAAGCUAGGGUAAAUGUUCAUCUGUAUUAGCUAAGAAUUCUCUUAGGAAGCAACCAAAACUAAGGAGACCUGUUUCUGCAAGCUGUGAUUUGAAGGAGCAGUCUGUGCUCACCUGAAUAUAGCCUUUGACUUAACUGAGAGAAGUUCUUGGGAUGAGGAUUUGAUCAUUCCUAGGCUUUGUCAAAAGCUGUAUUUGUAAAGUAUUCUUGGAGUUUUUAUUAUUUAGCAGGAUACUUGUCAUGUUUCUUUUUCCAAGGAGGUACUUGGCAAUUAAAACAUAACAUUUUAGUCUUACACAGUAGCUCUGUCUACAGAACCCUGAGGCUUGCCCAGCUGCUGGAGUCUCAUUGCUGAAACAGUGCAAAUACUGGAGGGGCUUUGACAAUGUCAGGCAGGAUAUAAAGGCAGGAUGUGUAUUUUUCUGUAUAUUUUGCUUUGUGUGAAAAUAGAGAGAGAACAAUCAUAAUUUUUCCGCAGCCCUCUCCUCUUCAGUGUGCUAAAUGUGUCGGUGGAUGUAUAGAUGUAAAGAAGACUUUUACUGUGUGGAAUUAAAUGAUGAUUGAUUAAACUUCCACAUCUGUAGUCAGUCA